CACGAUUCGAUUCGCACUCGAGACUCACGUUUCGCAGUUCGGGCAUGUCGCAACUCAUCAGUCGUGAGUCGGAGAAGCUGGGCCGACAGCUGCUUGCACACGUACACUUGUGACUACAGGUGCACGCACAGCUUGUUCUCCUUAUGUGACAACCACCAUACUCACCCUUUAUGAACAGGUCGCAUUGUAAGCACUCCCACCGAAACCACUCAAUUUCUACAAGUCAACAUGCUCGCUCGCACUGCGCUUGGCCGAAUCGCUGCCGUCGCCCCGACGGCCAACGCUGGUAGCCGCCUUGGCCUCGCUAGCAUGUCCAUGGGCGUGCGCUCCAAGCACACGCUGCCAGACCUGCCAUACGACUUUGGUGCUCUCGAGCCCUCGAUUAGCGGACAGAUCAUGGAGCUCCACCAUCAGAAGCACCACCAAACGUACGUCAACGGCCUCAAUCAAGCCGAGGAAACUCUGGCAAAUGCUGUUGCCAAGAACGAUGUCAAGGCUGCCAUCGCUACUCAAAAGGCUCUCAACUUCAACGGCGGAGGUCACGUCAACCACUCUCUCUUUUGGCAAAAUCUCGCUCCAUCCAAGCAAGGUGGAGGAGAGCUCUCCGCAGGUCCGCUCAAAGAGGCAAUCGAACGUGACUUUGGCUCUCUGGACGGGCUCAAGAGCAAAUUCAAUGCUCAGCUGGCUGGCAUUCAGGGUUCUGGCUGGGGCUGGCUUGGACUCAAUCCUUCUACCGGCAAGCUCGACAUUAUCACCACUGCAAACCAGGACCCACUCCUCUCUCACGUUCCAUUGAUCGGUGUUGAUGCUUGGGAGCACGCAUUCUACCUCCAAUACCAGAACGUGAAGGCAGACUACUUCAAGGCCAUCUGGAACGUCAUCAACUUCAAGACUGCCGAGGAGCGUCUGAAGCAAGCUCAAUAAGCGUGAUGCUUUGCGAGAGCAUGUCGGAAUCGGGCAACUCUACAGUCAAUCGGAUGAAUCUAGAACAUAUCGUGCACAUGUUUUCGGCUAGAACAUAUCGUGCACAUGUUGUCGGCGUGUCGUUCGUGGGUUCAGAGGGAGCAGCGGCGCUUGAACUGGCGCGGACGUUUUCAUUCGAGGGUCGGCGUGCACUGACGACGGGCCGUUCCCAAGUGUGUCUAAGAGUCGUGAGGCAAGCACAGGAGCCUCAAGUCACAGUUCUGCAGCGAUUCUCUGGAUGACAUGUG